AUGGUUUUGAUUCAGCUCAAUAACCAAGUACUCCAGAGAAUCAAUAAUUAUCAAGCCCUUGACAAAUUUAUUUUAACAAUCAACAAUGUUGAAAUCGCCCUCACAAAGUCAUUCGCAGUUGCAAUUUCAGAAGCUUUUUACUCACAGUAUCUUUUAGAUAAUAAUUUUGCUAAAAUUGAUAUUACAACCGAAGUGAAAUCACCAGACACAUACAAUAUUUUAAAAGAUAUUCUUCAACUCAAAAAAACGGAAAUCGAAUGCGAUGAAACAAUUUUGAAAGACAUCUUUCAUAUUGGAACCACACUUCGGAUACAAGAACUCAUAGAUUUAUAUAAAGUACAUAUUAUUGAUCAAAUGAAAAUCGACAAAAAUAAUUGCAUUCAAUUACUUGAAUUUUAUUUCGAUAUUUCUUCAAAAGAAAAGAUUUCCGAAUGCAUUGAUUUUAUUUCAUCACAUUUCUAUGAAAUCAACAAAGAUCAACUCAAAACAAUUUCUAAAAAACUUGGAAUUGAUAUUCUUCAAAGAAUAUUUUGCAACGACAAACUUGAACUUGAUGGUGAAGAUUCAUUUGCUAAUUUCAUUAUUUCCCUUACGAAAGAAAGCAAAGAGUUCUAUCCUUUGAUCGAAAACAUUUAUUUUGAAUUUUGUAAUGAACAAACAAUUAAAGACAUCCAAAACUUAACAAAUACUAAUAACUUCCAAAAUAUUGUGAACUCAUUCGGCGAUUCACUAUUGAGAAUAAAGAAUCACAGCUCUAAAAACAGAAACAAGAUUAUUGUUACAUUAGUCACAAAUUAUUUUGAAAGUGGAAAUGGCGAAAUGUCUGCUUCAUCUAUAGAUGAUAGCAAGUACAUUGACAUAAUUAAUAAGUAUAGAAGUGACGAUUAUUUCAUAACUCAAAAUAUUCCUAAUUCAUGGGUUCAAUGGAAGAUAAAACAAAACUAUUCAAUUCAACCCACUGAAUAUAUUGUUAGAACUGUGCCAGAUAACAAGGGUUACUGUGACUGCCAUCUUCGAACGUGGAUAAUUGAAGGAACAACUAUUAAUGGAGAAACAAAAGUUCUUCAUGAAGUAAAUAAUUCUCCAUUAGAUUAUGGCGAAGUUCGUAAAUAUUCACUUGACACAAAAGAUAAAUUUAUUUCUUUCAAAUUAAUUCAAACAGGUAAAAAUUGUACAGACAAUAAUAUGUUGAGACUCGAUGUUUUGGAUUUUUCAGGAAAAAUCUUUCGCAGUGUUAAUUAA